AUGUACGAAUAUUUAGGAAUACUUAUUUAUUUUUUUAUUGCACUAGCAUUAUCACUAUUAUUAUUAGGAUUACCUUUUGUAGUUUCUACAAGAAAAGCGGAUCCUGAAAAAAUCUCAGCAUAUGAAUGUGGUUUUGAUCCUUUUGACGAUGCUCGAGGCCGAUUCGAUAUUCAAUUUUAUCUGGUAGCAAUUCUAUUUAUUAUUUUUGAUCUUGAAGUAGCAUUUCUAUUUCCUUGGGCUUUAACUCUAAAUAAAAUAGGUUUUUUUGGGUUUUGGUCUAUGAUGCUAUUCUUAUUAAUAUUAACUAUAGGUUUUGUUUACGAAUGGCGCAAAGGAGCUCUUGAUUGGAGCUAA